AUGGGGAAAUUGAUAAGGAUGGGGGUGCAGGAGAGGCGGCUGCUCUGGCCGAAGCGGCUUCACUGGAGUCGCCUCCUCUUCUUAUUAGGAACGUUGAUCAUCGUUUCCACCUACCAGCACUUGAGGAGCCCCCGGGGCCUCCCCUCACUGUGGGCAGCAGUCUCUUCCAAACACCCUAUAAAACUAGCCAGCCGGGACCUCCCCAGCAAUGAGAUGAUGAUGGUGAGCAGUGACCCUCCAAAAUCUAGCUUUGAAAUAGAGGGUGAGACACAGACACCCCAAGCCACAGUGGGCAGAGAUGGAACUACACCUGGCAUGACAAUGGAGCACACCCCCAGGACACCCAGAAGGACAACCCAGAUCACUCCAACAAUACCCAAGAACAACUACAGCCCAGCAACAACAAACGCAGGAGUGAAGGAAAACACCCCAGCCACGCCCGGUGGAGUACUGAGUCACUACAGCCCAACUGCAAGCAGACCAGUAGUAAAGAGUCACAGCCCAGCGACACCCAGGGGAGAAGUGAAGCGCUACCGCCCAACUCGAGCGAGGAGAAAGGUGAAGAAACACACCCCAUCCCCACCCGGUAGAGUGGUCAGCAGUUAUGCCCCACCCACACUCGUGACAAUGACAAGGAGCCAUGGGACCACCCCCAGAACAACAGUGAAAGACAAAGAAAUUAUGGCAACCCAUAAAAUACUGGAGACCAACCCCUCCAAGAGAACAGUGGAGGAAACCACCCCAACUCCUCUUAAGGGAAUAACUGAUAACACUCCGACUUUCCUGAUAAAUGACAUCGAAACAGACACCUUGACUUCUCCAAGGAGUGUGGUGGAGAAGAACACCCAAACUACUUCCAGAAGAGUGGAUGACAAUAACCCAACAAGCCACCAGGGAUCAGUGGGAAAGAACAACCUGACAUCUCCCCAGGGAGGGGUCCUGGAGCACACCGCAGCCCUCUCUGAGGGGCAAGUGACAAUAAGCUCCAUGACAGGCAGCAGCCCAGCCAAAACCAAAGCCUCUACUGCUGCCUGGAAGGUUAGGAACCCCUCGUCCAGAACCAGCACACCAACCAUGGGAGUAUCCUCAGCCACCUUCUGGGGGCUGGUGAAAGAUCCUUCCACAGCACCCAGCACCCCAGCAACUCCUAGGAUCAGGGCAUCUCCGACCACUCAGGUCCGUCACUGUGUGGUUGUGGGGCCAGCCCCAGCUGCGCCUACUGCCCCCUCCCCCCGUCUGACAAUGGCUGUGAUCCCAGAGGUGGAUCCCAACCCCAGUCCCUCAGUGCUGCCUCCUAGCCAGCCAGACCUCCACCCCAAGGCAGAGUACCCCCAAGACCUGUUCAGCGUGGAGGAGCGGAGGCAGGGCUGGGUGGUCCUGCACAUCUUUGGUAUGAUGUAUGUGUUUAUAGCCUUGGCCAUCGUGUGUGAUGAGUACUUUGUUCCAGCCCUAGGCGUCAUCACAGACAAGCUGCAGAUCUCUGAGGAUGUGGCAGGUGCCACAUUCAUGGCUGCUGGAGGCUCUGCCCCUGAGCUCUUCACCUCCCUCAUUGGCAUCUUCAUCUCUCAUAGCAACGUGGGCAUCGGCACCAUAGUAGGCUCUGCUGUGUUCAACAUCCUCUUUGUUAUUGGCACUUGUGCCCUCUUCUCACGGGAGAUCCUCAAUCUUACCUGGUGGCCCUUGUUCCGUGACAUCUCCUUCUACAUCUGUGACCUAAUGAUGCUCAUCCUCUUCUUCCUGGAUAGCCUCAUUGCCUGGUGGGAGAGCCUGCUGCUGCUGCUGGCCUAUGCCCUCUAUGUGCUCACCAUGAAGUGGAACAAACAGCUUGAGCUCUGGGUGAAGGAGCAACUCAACAAGAGGCCAGUGGCCAAGGUCAUGGCCCUAGGGGACCUCAGCAAGCCGGGCGAUGAGGCAGUUGUGGUGGAUGAGCAGAAGGAUAACAAGAAGCUGAAGCUCCCAUCAGUGCUGACCCGAGGGAGCAGCUCGGCCUCUCUGCAUAACAGCACCAUCCGCAGCACCAUCUACCAGCUCAUGCUCCACAGCCUGGACCCUCUGGGGGAAGUGAGGGUUGGAAUGGGAAGAGAAGAGGAGAGCUCAAAUCAGGAGGCCAAAGCCAAGCCUCAGGCCAAAGCAGAGAACAAACCAGAGGAGGAGCCAGCCAAGCUCCCUGCAGUCACGGUCACACCAGCGCCUGCUCCAGACGUCAAGGGAGAUCAGGAGGAGGAUCCUGGCAGCCAGGUAGAUACGGCUGGAGCUGAGAGCACAGGUGAAAGGGCAGGUGAUGAGGCUGAAGCUCCUGCGGGUGAAAAUGGAGAGCAGAGUGGAGGUGAUGCUCGACUAGAAGGCGAAGGUGAAGUCGAAGCAGAAGGAAAAGAGGAGGAUGAUGAUGACGAAGGUGAAGCAGAGGGAAGAGAGGAAGAUGAAGGAGAUGAUGAAGGUGAAGUCCAAACAGGAGAAGAUGGUGAAAUGAAAGGUGAAACUGGAGAGCAGGAAUUCAAUGCUGAAAAUCAAGGUGGAGCUGAAGAGGAUGAGAAAGGUAUAAAUGAUGAAGAGGGAGGCGAUGGAGGUGACAGUGAAGACAAGGGGGAGGAGGAAGAGGAUGAGGAGGAUGAGGAGGAAGAGGAAGAGGAGGAGGAAGAAGAGGAGGAGGAGGAGGAAAAUGAGAAGCCUUUGUCACUGGAAUGGCCUAAGACCAGGCAGAAGCAGGCUAUUUACCUCUUUCUCCUGCCCAUUGUGUUCCCGCUGUGGCUGACGGUGCCCGACGUCCGGAGGCUGGAGGCUAGGAAGUUUUUUGUUAUCACCUUCCUGGGAUCCAUCGUGUGGAUAGCCAUGUUCUCAUACCUCAUGGUGUGGUGGGCUCACCAGGUUGGUGAAACAAUAGGGAUUUCUGAAGAGAUUAUGGGUCUGACAAUCCUAGCGGCAGGCACGUCAAUCCCCGACCUCAUCACCAGCGUGAUCGUCGCUCGGAAAGGCCUGGGAGACAUGGCCGUGUCCAGCUCUGUGGGCAGUAACAUAUUUGACAUCACCGUGGGCCUGCCCCUUCCGUGGAUGCUUUUCUCUCUUAUCAGCGGACUGCAGCCUGUCCCGGUCAGCAGCAAUGGCUUGUUUUGUGCAAUUGUGUUGCUUUUUCUCAUGCUCCUGUUUGUGAUCUCCUCAAUCGCAUUAUGCAAAUGGAGGAUGAACAAGAUCCUGGGCUUCACCAUGUUCCUCCUGUACUUUGUGUUCCUCGUCAUCAGCGUGAUGUUAGAGGAUCGAAUCAUAUCCUGUCCUGUGUCUGUGUGAAAUGGACAAGGAUCAGAAAACCAUGCCAGAAGUUACCUCUUGUUCUAUUAAAGAAAGAAUGAACACAAUCCAGGACAGAGAACUGAGUGGCUAAGGCCUCGGGUGUGGCUGUGACCCGGGACUGACGUUUAUCCUCGGAAACACCUGCGGCUCGCUGUGGGUUAGGCGUCUCUGGAGCGGUGGCGUUCCCCCCACCCCCCGACGGAUGCAGACAGCUGUCACGCGGAGGCCAGAAGGAAGACCCGAGUCGGAGGGUUUUCUAAACGAGAUCACUGCAGGGUGAGGGAUGGGACAGGCACCGUCGCAUAAGGCAGGCUCCGUGUUCACACUUCCCUGAUCAUCCCCGAAGGGCUGCUGACCCAAAGAUGCAGCUGUGGUCUACGUCUCGCCCCCGGGCCCCUGCCCCAGGCACAAGCUGCAGUUUGCUGUCUCUUCUUUUUCUGUUCGAAAAGCAUAGUUCUGCCAGGUUUGUAUUCAUUACAGAUUCAGUUGUUGGUGAGUUUAAAUAAGGAGUUAAGGCUACAGGAAACAAACAACAGGAAUCACUAAUCAUUACACAUCAUGGUCCCGAAAAAUGUACACCAACGUUUUACAGCUUAGAAGGACGACAUUAGCUCUUGUUGCGUCUCUGAAAAGUGAACUUAAAAUAAGCAGCUCAAGAAAUUAAAAUUUAUAAAUUGCCCUUGAAUUGGAAGGUGUGGGGAUUAGGGAAGGAAAACUACCCUGAGGACUAUGUAAAAGUAUGUUCUUCUUAGGAGAUCCAAGUUAGUGCUGUCUCCACCAGGUGGUCACCUUGAGGGACUGGACAUUCUAACAAAGCUGUCCUGGCUCUGCACCCCUCCCCCCAUAUUCUCACCCAGUGGUGACAGCUGCUACUAGUGAGUGAGAGAAAAAGCAAUUUUUAGAGAGUCUAAAGUCAGUAGAGCCAAAUCUGGCUUAUAAAGUAAGAGAUCCAGUGGGGCAAUGCUAUGCUAUUUUUGUAUGCCAUCCUAGAUGGGAUUAUAAAGCAAGAAGAUUGAUCCCCUGCGUGGCUUACAAUUGGAUAUUAAGGUGAUUACAAAGGAGAAAUUAAAAAAAUGCUUAAUUAACACAAUGACAAAGUGGUGAGAAAGAGUAUUCCUACUUCCAAGGUAGCUGGUAUAAAGGACACCUGACUUUUUAAAAAUUGUGUGGUUAAACAUUUCAUGUGGAAGUUGAAGUGCGUGUGUAUUAAAUACCACUGUCUGCUGCUUUUACUGGCAUCAAGGGGCACAUUAAAAUGAAACAGUUCUGUGUCACUGGUUAUGGAGCAAAAGCAGCUCAUGUGAAUGGAACUUACAACAUAAAUAUUACAAUUUAAUUUACAAACACGAGAGGAUUCCUUGAAGACUAGAGGACAGCAGGAAAAACUAGAACAUUUUGGUGUUGAAGGACUACGUUCAAAGUACUUUAGGCCAUAGUACGUCUUUUAAGACGGGCUGAUUAAUUCAUGGCCUCACAUUCCAGGAUUCACAUUCUUUGGAAAUGGCUUUUACUAAAUUUCAAUAAAUUGUGAAUCCCAAUGGUAUUUUACUUUACAAAAAUGGAUGCGUCCAUCCACAUCUUUAGGUCGCUUUGUCGCAAUGCUCAAGAAAAGACUGAUGAAGAAUGUGGCACCACGUUCAGAUUCACACUGUGAAGUUAGUUCCCCUCGGUCCUGGUGCUGCCGCACUGCCGGGGCUGCACGUGCCCUGGCCUGAGAACAGGAGGGACGCGCAGCGCCUGCGGGAGGGAGAGCCACACACGAGCCUUCUGCACACCAGUGCAGCCCAGCUCAGCUGGCCUCAGGGACGUCCCGGCCUCCCCGACAGCCUGCCAGCUGACGCCCUUCCCCAGAGCUGAGUGAGGAGUGAAACGCUCUGCAGUGAUGGCAGUGCUGGACUGCCAUUUAAUGAUUAAAAUCACCUGUAAUGACUGAACAUCUUUUUCCUGAUCAGUUUGCUGAAUUGCUGCCAUUUCUCUUUGCCUCGAAAGGAAGUUCUGACUUCACACUAUGACAGAAAAGGGUCAAAUAUGUAAAAUGAAGGCUGGCCCUUGAUGGAUGAGCAGCUGGUGAGGAGAAAGAGGAGGUUUCAAGGAGAUGGAAAUUUUAUGUAACUUCUAAAAGAUGAAUUCGUUAUGCUUGGAAAUUAAAAAUUUUGUCAUACAUUAUAAAUCUGUAACUUAUUAAAAUUAUGCUGUGUUAGAGGUAAAGUACCAUCUUAAAAUGUCAAGAUAAUGGUUAGAUGGUCUUCUCAUUUGAUGGGCAAAAUGAUCUGUGUAGCCAGUUACGUGGGACAAAUUCUAGGUCACUCAUUCAGCCUGGAAAGUCUGACCUGUCCCCUGUGACUAACUAAAUUGGAAGCAGUGGCUGCACAGAUAACUUCUCCUUCACCCUCCUUGAGACCAAACCUCCUUGAUGGCCCUGGUAAUAAUAGGUUUGGACCAAAUUUAUAAAAAUGUAAAACUCCUAAUUUAAUGAGUUAAGAUUCUAUAUAGUACCAGAAAAAAAGGAUGUAUUGCAAAUGUUAAAAAAUCAGUAUAUGUUUAAAUGGUUACUACAC